AAGCGGUCCACAUGUCAUUUGGUGUAUUUCCGUAUAUGAAUUUUUGAGUAAGGAGCAAGUAUUUGCUGUUAUAAUGCCUCUGAAGAGAGUUGUGAUUGUGCCUGGUAACGGCGCAGGGGAUAUUGAACAUAGCAACUGGUACGGAUGGGCCAACAAACGAAUAAAUGAGAUUCCAGAUCUGUCUUGUGCACUGAAGAACAUGCCGGAUCCUGUAACUGCCAGAGAGAGCAUCUGGCUGCCGUUCAUGGAGAAAGAUCUGAAAUGUGAUGAAGAAACGCUCAUCAUCGGACACAGUUCAGGAGCGGCUGCAGCCAUGAGGUAUGCAGAAACACACAAAGUUUUUGCCAUUAUCCUGGUGGGUGCCUACACAUCACAUCUAGGAGAUGAGAAUGAACGUGAGAGCGGAUAUUUCAGCCGACCAUGGGAAUGGGAAAAGAUAAGAGCAAAUGUGAAGUACAUCCUUCAGUUUGGCUCUACAGACGACCCGUUUUUGCCCUGGGACGAGCAACAGGAAGUUGCUGAUGGACUAAAGACAGAUUUACAUAAAUAUUCGGACCGCGGACAUUUCCAGAACACAGCCUUUCCAGAGCUCAUUGAUGCAGUAAAAAAGCUCAAAACCAAUGGCUAAACAUCAAUCCUUUGUUUAAAAGGUCUGUUUUAGGGGCCAGAUGAGUCUUUGUUACAAGAAAUAAAAGGCAACUUAUAAUUGUUUAAUAAGAAUCUUUAAUUUUCAGCACAAGUAAAUCUUCAAAUACUCAAGCUCUCUUUGCAGUAGUGUGUAGAAAUCAAAAUAUCUGAACUAAAAUGGCCAUGAUGGGACAAAAUACACAAUGCAAUGGCACUUUCAGCAGUACAGUAACAGCUUAAAUGAAUGAGCAUAUCUGAGCAAACAUUAUCCUCAGUUCAAGUUAAAGUCCACACAUGAGUUUAAUGGUCAAACUUUACAAUAAGGUUUCAUUAGUUUAAUGUAUUUACUAACAUUAACUAAUUAUGAUUAAUGUUUGUACAGCAUUCGUUAAUCAUAUUUCAACAUCUAAAUGCAUGCUUGGUAACAUUAGUUAAUGCACCAUGAGUUAGCAUUAACAAAGAACAACUGUAUGAACAUGAGCAAAUACUGUAAUAAAAGUGUUGUGCAUUGUUUGCUCUUGUUAGUAAAUGCAUUAACUAAUACAACCUUACUGUAAAGUCUUAACAGUUAUCUGUAUAGAUAACAUCCUUUAGACAUGAAAGGUUACCAUGUAAAUUGUGAUUAUAGCACCAUUUGUUAAAAGUUCUUUGAAAUAUACACAUUAUCUUAUUCAGCUUUCUCUCUGAUUUAUCAUUUUAAUAGUGGACUGAAAUAAAGCAUUUCUUUUUACUCAAUCCAGUAAUACUGAUUUUUAUGUAAACGAUUAUAUUCUAAAGUCUAAUCUAAAAAUGAAAAACUGUUAUUUAUUCAUCUAUAUGUUGUUCCAGCAUGUGUUAUCUUUUGUCUUCCUUGCUGAAAUUUAGCAUAACAUCCAUACUAUUCUGUAUAAAAAUAAUGAAGUUUGGAAUAUAACUUGUUAUUGUGUCUCAGUUCACUUUCAUUUGUAUGGAAAAGAGCAUUUUGCAUUGUUUCUUUCAGGGUUUGGAACCACAUAUGGCUGAUUAAAUAACAAUUUUCUUUUUUAGACGAACCAAUAAAUACCAUCAGCAACAAAUGUCAGCGUGUUCUCAUAAAACCGCUGUUAUAAAAAACAUAUACUGCUUAUUCAAUAAACCUGAGAAUGGAAGUAAAGUGCACUCGGCAAAACCAAACCUUCAUGUAAACCAGUCACACUGCAAAAAAAUAAGUUUUUAUAUUUGUUUUUUUGUCAAAACAUCUAAAAAAAAUCUUAAAUCAAGAAGCAUUUUCUAGACAUGCAAAAUAACACCUGUUUUCAGAAAUAAUACAUAAAAAUUAAGUGAGAUUUUACUGAAAACAAGCACAACAGUGAAAUAAACUUAUUUCAACGUAAGACUAUUUAGCUUUUUUUAGGGGAAACUCAAUUCAUUUUGACAAAUUUCUGAAAAUGACAAUUUUUCACUCAUCUAGAUAAUUCUUCUUGAUUUAAAAAUUGCUUGAUAUUUGGGCUACAAACGGGAAAAAAACUCAAAAGAAAAGCUUUUUUUCCAGUGUAAGCCUUUGAUUUCUCCACUGCAAAGGUCCUACUCUUCUACAAGUGGUUUAAAAAAAAACUUUAUCAAGAACCAGUUAUCAAUAGGUUUGUAACACAAAAAUGGCCUUUCAGCAACAUGAACACAACCUGUAAAUGUGAUGCACCCAGAACACAAGUCUAAACCAAGCCAAAGUGUGUGUUUGAGCAGCCGUGUGAGUGAGGUAUACCUAAGAUGAACUCUAGGAACUCUUCUUUUUCCGUCUUCCUUUGGAGUAACCUCUUCCAAACCAGCCCCCCUGAACCGCUGGACUGUCGCCCUGCGGCGGUGCAGACUGCGAAACGUCCUCCAAAGCAGAAGAUGGUGCUAUCUCUUUACGAGUGUGACUCUUCUGCUCUUGCGGACUGAGGGGUUUAGCCAAGCUGAAGAUGGGGUCCUGCAAUCUGGAAUUAAGAAAAAGUACAGUUAAUGUUUUAAAGGGCACCUAGUUUACCCCUUUUUCAAGUCUUUUGUGUAUCUAGAAUGCAUCUGUAAAGUUUCAGCUAAAAACACCUAUCAGAUUAUGUUUUAUAUCUUUCAGAAGUUUGUAAUUUUUUAGCUCUGAGCAUCUUGUAGCGAUUUUUGUGGACUGUGCCUUUAACACUAGCCCUCCCUGCCAACAUGCCUCAAUUUCCGCCCUCGGCUGCCUCAGAUAACAGACAGACAUGAAGGAAGCAGAUCUCACGUAACGUUUGUGAGAAAUAUUACAGUAAGAACUUUCCCAGUGAUUAUUUGUUGUGGAGUUGCAACGAUCAGCAAACGUGACAGGAUACACAUUAUUAUCCACUGCUGUAUGGAUAUCUGUUAUGUUGAUGUACAAAAUAAACCUGAUUUAACAUCCGCAAA